UCCCGAUUUUUUGUUUCUUUCUGCAUAUCCAUCCUCAUAUUUUAAUUAGAUCACACGAAUGAUAUAAAAUAAUUUUAAGUUUUUACUUCUACAGUGUCAUCUCAGUCGAAAGAUGCAAUCGAAGCAAUAAAUCGGCCAUAGUAAACGUGCGUUUCGUGUGCUCGCGCCUGUCUACACCCGACUUAUCUCAUUGUUUAUGUAUGGAGAAUAAGCCAGGAAUUUUUAUGGUGAUUCGGCGCGUAUUCUCUUUUUUGUUGAAAAUGUCGAGGGGAUCAGGUGUGUGAGAGCUGUGUAAGUGCUCUGACGGAGACGGCUGAUUGUCACGGCGUCCCCCGACCGCCAAGUCAAGUUGGCGAAGGCACGCAGAGGUAUGAUUAAGGAGAAGGAGAAGGGUGGAGGUGCCCGCCUCAAGGACGAGCCCAGUGACCCUGCUGAGCCUGGCCACGGUUCCCGUCCGCCCUCGGCGUCGCUGCCCACUCCGGCGGCGCUGAAGAAAGAACCAGAAGACACGCAUCGUGUGAAGAUAGAACCCCAUAGUCAGCCCUCUGGCGAAGAUUCUGCGUCAGACCUUGGAGUUGACGGCAUUAAAACAGAGAUCGACGGCCUCAUGGACAGCGACGGUAAAAGUGACCCAACAAAAUCACCUUCCUGCGAACUGGGUGGACCUGGCUCGUUAAAAUCAGAAAGGCUAUCUUCAGACUCGAACGACAUUUUGGAUCCACAGACAGGCCUCAGAAGCUCGACAAAUAAUCUUCAGGAUGGAAACCCAAACUGUCGUAAUCCAAAUGGCCCAGAUAACAUGGGUUCGUGUAGAAUGGCGGGAGGUGGAGGGCCUAUGGGUCCUGGGGUUUCUAUGGGGCCUAUGUCUGCUAGUGAAGCACAAACACUUCCGUCGAAUGUAAUGAGCAAGCAGUCUGGCAGCAUGGAGCAGCAAAGUCAAAUCUUCGUAUUCUCUACAAUGAUGGCAAAUAAAGGAGCAGAAGCAGUGCUUUCCGGUCAGCACCACUCCAUUAUUGCAUACCAUUGUGCUCAACCUGCAACUAAGAAAUACUUAGAGAAACACCCAUUAAAAAUUGGUCAGUUCAAUAAACAAAGUCCUGCUCAGUGGUUGAACAAUUUAGCUAUGGCAAAAACACGGGGUGGAAUGCGAGGUGGGCCUAACAUGAUUGGAGGACCCAAUCAAAUGGGUCAUAUGAUGGGUGGACCUAUGGGCCCCAACAUGGGGCCGAUGGGUCACAGUGGAAUGGGUCAUAUGGGUCCUAGUAUGAUGGGGCCAAACAGAAUGAGUGGACCAGGUAAUCAAAUGAUGAUGAUGAAAGGUGGACCUGGACAGAUGGGUCAAAUGGGUCCUGGUAUGGGUCCCAUGGAUGGGUUUCCAGGAAGCACCCCGUCCUGCGGUGUCAUGGACGGCCUCGGUGCUGAUGGUGAAAUGCCCUGGGACACCAAAAACCCCUCUGUAAUGUCUAAUGGCAUGUCAAAUGGUCCGGGACAAUUACCUGCAUGCUCGGAAGCAUCGGGCCAACCGCCCGAUUCAGGCUCUGCAGAUGGUGGAGAUUGUCAAACUGGACCUAAAGGCGUAAAAAUACCAGAUGAGAACCUGACGCCACAGCAGCGUGCGCAUCGCGAAGAGCAGCUUGCAACGAUACGAAAAAUGCAACAAAUGUUAUUCCCUGAGAGUGGAGGAAACAAUGUCAACCAAGGUUCAGGAGACAACUCGCAAGCGCCUAACGAUAUUAACCCUCCAAAUUCUACGGCAAAUAUGAAUAUGCCCUUUCCACCAAUGUCUGGAAUGGGCCCUAAUGGCCCUAUGGGACCUGGGCCUAAUGGACCCAUGGUAUCGAUGUCAAAUAAUAUGAACUCUGGACCAAGUUGUACAAUGGCUGGCCCAAUGGGUCCAAAUGGACCUAUGGGUGGUCCAAUGGGCCCAAAUGGCCCUAUGGGAGGUCACAUGGGCCCUGGCGGGCCGAUGGGUGGCAUGGGUGGACCGGGCGGUAUGGGAAUGGGUCACGGUUCUAUGGGUCCCAAUGGAAUGAUGGGGCCUAAUGGACCCAUGAUGGGUGGUAUGGGUCCUAAUGGUCCCAUGGGACCUCUGGGGCCAUGUGGAAUGAAAGGAAUUCGUGGACCAUGUGGAGGACCUGACAUGAAAUCGGGAAUGUGCACAGACAUGCAUAUGGGUAGAGGUUGUGGGGGACCUAUGGGGCGUAUGCCGAACCCAAUGGGAGGUAUGGGAGGUCCUAAGCCCUGUAUGAUGGGCGGACCACAUAUGGGACCCAGAAUGAUACCUGGGCCCAAUCUGAACGCGAUGAACGGUAGGUUUCACGGCGGUAUAAUGAUGGAUGGGAGUAUGAUGGGAGGCAUGAUGCCGCAUGGCGACUGCGGUCCCGACCACCACGGAGUGCCCGUCAACGGACCUAUGUGCGAUGAGUACGGACGCGGAAGAAAUAUGGGUCCAGGAGACCCCGGCGGGCUGGGUCCAGGGUUGGUUCCGGGACUGGGCCACAAGCCCGGUCUGCGCAGCCCCAAGAGUCCCGGCGGUCCGGAUAUCGACUGGCAAAAAUUACAACAUCAGUUCUUUGACGAUCCUAAAUCUAUGGACACCGAAUUAAGUACGCAAGUGAAGUCCCCUUGUUCCGAAAGAGGAAGCUGUUUGCCUCCGCCCCCGUAUGGUGCCUCACCCCUACACCGCUCUGCCUCAGUGCCUAUAGCAACACAAUCCCCGGGUCACGGCUCCGUACAGAUGCCAAUGUCAGCUGAGGCGUCCCGGGCAGGAUCGGGCCUCAACAGUCCGGCGCACUGCAAGCCGGGACCCAAACAGGACGGGCCAGAGAUACUAGAGAAACUAGACGACGGUGUGUUUGUGCGAACGCUCCAAAGCUUGGCGGCGCAGCAACAGAAGAACCAACAGAGCGGCCAGCACGGCAAGGAGCCCAGCCUGAUGCCGGUGCCCUCGCCGCAACAAAUAUCCUACCUCAACCAGUUCGAAGGACAAGAAUUAACGAUACAAAAACAGCCGAACACGUCUUUAAAAGACAACGGACCCCCGUCGAACAGUGGAGGACAAACACCACAAUCAAAUUCAAAUCAAAAGUCACCAGCUGGAAUGAUGCCGGGGACCCCAGAACCUCACUCGUCGUUAUCUGAACAAAGAGCAGGAAGAUUUUCUCUGGAACAAAGUCCAGGAUUCAAUAAUCCGCAGACACCUACGUCUGUAUCAAAUACAAAGUGUGGACAAGAUGAAAAAUCAAGGCCCAGUCCGUCGUCGAACAGGUCAAGUCAAGAUAGCGCAUCGAAGACGCCUCAGCGCGAGUCGGGACUCAACCAGGGACCCUACGCGCCCUCAUCGUCAGCCGCCUGCGGGAACAAGGGCAGCUGUAGUAUAGCCUCCACCACGCCGAGUGUUAGUAACAUUGAGGAUAGCCUCUCAUCCAAUACUGAGCCUACGUUAUCAGGGGGUCCGAACAGUACGAGUCUCCCGGGCGGGUUCCCUGGUGCGUGCAGUCUUAGCGGGCGGCCUGACAACAUCCCCAUCAACCCCAACCAGGGACCCGCCGGACCGCUCGGACCCGCCACCUCCUCCUUCGACCCCAUCUCGUCCCUGGCGCAGAUGUCGCAGCAGCUCACCAACACGGUGGGCGGGGCGCCGCCCAUGCCGCCCGCCCCCAACAACAUGGGGCCCUUCGGACCGCAUCACGUGCAGCAUCACCACGCCAUGCACCCUCACUCGCAUCCCCACAUGAUGAUCAACGACUUGGGUUGCCACAUGGACGGCAUGGGAGGACCCGGAAUGGGCGGGCCGAUGGAAAGCAUGAUGGGUGGAGGUGAUUUUCCCGGAGACAUGAGCUUGAGCCCAAAGAUGGGCGGUGGUCCUAUGGGCGGGCCGGGGGGCGGAAUGGGCCCCGACGGCAUGCUGGGCGCGCGCGGCGGUAAGAUGUCGUUCAACGGCGCCAACGUCCAAGUGAAAGCGAGCGCACCCAACACCAUCCAAUACCUGCCGACGCGCGCGGCCCUGACGUGCGCGGGGCCCCGUGCGCCGCCCAGCCUGGAGUUCCUGCGCGGCGUCGCCAACCCGAUGCCCCUGGACAAGGGCCCGUACCGCGCGCCCAUGCGCAUGCCGCACCACUACCCCGGCGGCUUCCCCGACGCGCCCAAGAUGUCGCCGGAGUCUUUCGGUGCGACGUUCCGCGGCGGCAAGCGCGUGGGAGCCGCCCAGCCGCUGCCGCCCUCGGUGGCUCCGACGCCGUUCAAGGGGCAGGGCUUCAUGCCGUCCCCGCAGGACCCCGCGUACGCAGCCCAGUUCCACAACUUCCAGCAGCAGCUGUACGCGACGGGCAGCCGCGCCGCGCAGCCGCACCAGCCCUACCCGCCCUACCAGCCGCCCAAGUGAUGACCGCCGCCGCCUGUCUGACUGCGACCCCCUCCGCUCUGCGUUCUUUGAACUACAGUUUUAAACGUUACUUUUGCUGAUAGCAAUAAAAUUAGUUUUUAGUAUUUUUUACACGGACAUGCCAGACCUUCAGUGUAUCGGUUCCUUUACUUAGCUGUUUUACGUACGUUUCCUAUGCACACAGAUAUCUAGUCAAUUUUGAAAUUACCGGAGCCCGACCCGGGACGCGAGGUCUCCGCUCGACUCUGGAGUGACGCACAACUACAUUAACAUAUAUGUUUUGUCCGCUUUAGUUUUACGGAUACUCUAUUAAUGAAAUUCGUAUAAUGUAACGUUUCGGCUCGUCGCGUCGGCCAGCACGACUCUGGAAUUUGUGUACCAGCUGUAAUGACUGUUUCUUUUGAUCUGAGUAGCAACGUUUUUCUGUCUUCCAGUACAUAUACUAGACUUUAUGAUGCAAAAUAGUGGAGUGCAGCAAUUGUUUUACGCUCCGAAAGUGGGGUUAGUACUUGCCUAUUUGCAAGUCUUAAAUAGUAUUUUUUUUUGUUUUUAAUGUUUAAAAGUACUUAAAUCGUCUGUUGCCAUAUUAUUUGCCACGUGAAUUUAUUUCGUGAUAUUAUUAACCGUCUUUAUUUUAAUUUAUUAACUGUAAUUCUGUACGAACAAUGCCAAUAAUGGAACGCAACACUGUUUUAUUUCGAUAGUACAUAGGACAUAUUAAUAUGCUAGGCUAGUAGUCGCACAUUGUGGAUGUCACAGUGGCCUUGAUGAACUAAUGCCUUGUUUGUAAAGCAAUGAACCCCGGCGGAUGCAGGCUUCGAAUGGUGACGGUUGUACAGUGAGGGAAGACGCAGCCGUGACGUCACGUCAGUGUCGCCUCUCUGCUGUCGUACGAGGAUCGUAUCUCACUAUCGAAUAGACGUAUUUCUGUAUAAAUAUUACUCUUAAAUGUUUUAUUUUUUCAAAUUGAACGUACUCACAGAAGUUUUUUUACGAUUGAAAAAAAAAAAAGCAAACGCCUACUCGAUAGUGUGGACAUAUUUUCAAGUUGUAUACUGACUGUGCAGCAUACAGAGAUAAUAUUUAUUUAGUUGAUUUAUUCUUCGUUAUUCUGAAAUGUUAAUUAGUCAAGAUGACGAAUGCUUGGUGUGCGUAAAUUGUAUGAGAGAUUGAGACUGUUGUUUAGCUUAUAAGGUCGUUUCAGAAUUUGGAAGAAUAUUUGAAUCGUCAGAAAUUAUUAUACAUUGUUACAAUUUAAUUUAAACCUGAGAAGAUACACACAUUAUGAUAGAAAUAAAGUGCAUAGAUUUUUGUCUAUGAUAAACUCUAGUUUAUAUUUGUGUGUUCAUACAGUCUGUAUGCAGCUUAAGAUCUCAGAAGUUAGUAGAGAGUGGAAUUAUUGUGAGUAUAAGCACAACAGUCCAGUAAGAAACACCCGCUAGCAAUUAGAUAGUCGUAAUUUAAAUGUAAUUAUUAAUUUUAAGGUAAAGAAUGGUUCUUGUUUUUAGGAUAAGUGAAGAGCAAUGAUAUAAUAAUAGUUUGUGUAAUAUUAAAUAAGAGAUGAAAUUAAGAUGCAAACUAUUGGUUGUGAUUCUGACACAAUUUGUUAAGUUGUUCGUAGGUCACAAUGAUUAUUGUGAAACUUACUGACUUCAUGAUAAGGCCCUUUUUUUUUUUGUUUUUUUUUUUAAUAUUUUUACAUGUCGUUCUCGUUUGUAUUUGUACAUCGCUAACAAUAAUUGUACAGAGUACUUUUGGACUUAAUUUAAGGCAAUAAAUGUAUUUAUUUUAUAACUCGUGAUGUAAGAAUUUAUUCUUAAUUAUUAUAAAAAAAUAUAUAUAAUAUGCUUGUAA